AUGAUGAACUUCCGUCAGCGGAUGGGUUGGGUGGGCGUGGCUCUCUACCUGAUGCUCAGCGUCAUGGCGGUGUAUUACGUCUUUGAGGUACACAGCUUCAGUUUGGAGCACGUGCAGAGAGGCGGGGCCAGCCCCUCUGCCCCGCCCCUCGUCAUCAGCUGGUCUCAGAGCAUCAGCGCUCGCCUGCCACCGCUUCCUGUCUGGAUGUGGGCGUCUGUCUUCCUGCUGCCGUACCUGCAGCUCUUCCUCUUCCUGUUUUCGUGUACGAGAGCUGACCCCAGAGCGCUCGGUUACUGCGUCCUUCCUGUCUGCCUUGCCCUGCUCUGCAGCCGCCGCCGGCACGCUGCCAACAAACAGGCCAAUCAGAGAGGCCCGCCACUCAUCCACACAUAG